GACGCACGUCAAUUUCCUUUAAUGUUCUCGGCUACUUGCUGGACAUGAAAGCAGGGAGGGGUGGUCGUCUGAGGGUAUAUAAGACACCCCUGAAAAAAUGUCCCGCAUUGGAAAAGGGGAUCGUGUUAUUCGCGGGGGAUUCAUGGAGGCUUGGAAGUCGUUGCUGGUUCUCCUGGAGGUGCUGGCGCUCCUCCGGUGCCGGGACGGAGCCACGGGGCACGGGCAAGUGCUGCACCGCUUGGCGCUGGUGGAACGCGGCGCGGGGCAUCACUUGCCCAGCUAUAUGGUGCACCUUUAUCGGAACUUUUCUCGGCCAGUGGAUGCUACGGAGUUAGACGCGGACACGGUGAGGAGCUUUAUGGCGAAAGGGUUGGUGCACAAGCAUCGGCACUGGGCGGCGACCUUUGACCUCCACGCCCUCCUGGCCGACCACCAGAUCCAGGCGGCCGAGCUGAGGAUCCGCCUCCCCCGGGGCGCCUCCAACGUGUCCGUGGCGGUGUAUCACCAGCGCGGCCAGGAGUGCCCGGCGCCCUGCCAGGAGGAGCCCCCGCAGCUGGUGGGCUUCCUCACCGAGGCCUCGCUGCUCUCCUCCUCCCACAGCUGGAGGGUCUUCAACAUGACGGACCCGCUCCUCAGCUGGCUCCGGGAGAAAUCCACAACCAGGGUUCGCCACAAAAGAGCGUCCAGGAGGAGAAAGGCGGCGCUUUCUGCGUCCGGGAAGGAACAGGAAGUGAGCGACCGGGCCUUGCUGGUUAUCUUCUCCCGCACGGCCUCGGACCAGGACUCCAAAGCCAAAGCCAGCUUGCUCCACACGGCCGAACAGUCCAAGUUCUUGACCCUGGCUGAAAUCAAAAAGCCGCAUUGGCCACCGAAGAAGAGGAGAAGCAAACGAGGACAGAGGGAACAGAUGGGAAGAAGCCUUCCGGCAUCCAAAAGAGGAAGUGGGGACAAGUCUCUGUGCCGCAAGGUGGACAUGCAGGUGGACUUUAACCACAUCGGGUGGGGAUCCUGGAUCAUUUUCCCCAAAAGAUACAAUGCUUACCGCUGUGAGGGGUCCUGCCCGGGACCACUGGGCGCGGACUUGAACCCAACCAAUCACGCUUACAUGCAGAGUUUACUGAAACAUUACCACCCGGAGAGGGUGGCGUCGCCCUGCUGCGCCCCCACCAAAAUGAGCCCGCUCAGCAUGCUCUACUACGAGAAAGGCGAGAUGCUUCUACGCCACCACGAGGACAUGAUUGUGGACGAGUGCGGCUGCCAGUGAAGAAAGCCGUUCCGCGGAAACGAACUUUGAAAAAUACUUAGCUCUUUUUUUUUUUGUUGUGCCACGCACUGUUUUGUUAGCGACUGAUCCAUCCACGGAAAUAGGAUGAAUGAAGUAUUUGAAGAUGUGCUGAAAUACAAUUGUACACACCGUUAUCUCCUUUUAACUUAUGAAAACAUGUUGUUGAAUAUUCCAGCACUAUUUUUUACGUGUAUCUGUAAAUGAAUGUAUAUUUAUUGUGAAUAUUAAAAAGGGUGUAUUUAUGUACAUGUUCUUCCAUGAUUUAUGACAGCACCAAUAACUUCCAAAUUAAAUUAUUAUUUCAAUAUUAUUCCUAUUUUUAAAAUAAAGAUUUAAAUUAAUUAUUUCGUGUGU